AGAACCAUUUCCGUCCCUCGGUAGACUUCUUCCUGGUUGAAAUACUCGAGAGAGCCCCACGCAUCUCAUCAACUUUUUAAGAAUGAAAUAAGUUAUUUCAACGCAAAGUUAAUUCUAGCAUUCCGUUAGAAUUCGUAUCUACAAACUCGACACGUAGGGUUUCGGAUUUUUAUGAGAGGCAUGGUUUAUUCUGAUCUACAGUAGUACAUGCAGCCCAAAAUGCCCGACUGCUGUGCCGCACCAAAUUGUGAUCUACACAGAGAGGGAUCCAACGUCCUCUUUUUUCGAUUUCCUUUGGAUGCAGAAAGAUGCAAACAAUGGCUAAAUAAUUGUCGUCGACAAGAUCUGGCAUCAAAGACUCCUGAACAACUGCACAAGCUUUACAGACUAUGUGCUAAUCACUUUGAGCCAUCCCUGAUUUGUCCUCUUGGCAUGGACAGCACUGAGAAGGUGCUGAAGGAGGAUGCCAUUCCAACAAUAUUCAUCUUCUCAAGCCAUUCAAACAAUCCAUUGACCCACACUAGGAAAAGAACAAUAGUUCCAGCUGAAGAAGAGCUUGCUUCCUUGAAGAAGUCUAAAGAUGACGAGGUCACACCUGAGUUAAGUGCUGAAUUGAAAGAGGAGCCUGGAGAGAGCAUUGUAUGUGAAUCACAGGAAGAGGACCAAAAGACUGAAGAGACACCCAACUCCAAAGAAAAGGAAAUCCUUAAAGUCUAUUUCAAGGAAACUCUUGCCUUUUCUGGUUUCAGCAUUAGGAAUGAUGCUAACCCCAACCCUGAUGAACCUUUGGGAGGCCACAGAGGUCAGCAGUCUCUUAACCCUAUCUGUGUGGAAAAAAUUGACCAGAAAGAAGUGCUUCAGUUCACUGAAGAUCUCAUGCAAGAGGAGAUCCGGAACAGUUUGAGAUUGGCACGUUAUUUCUCAAUAUUGCUUCAAGAUGUCACAAAUAUCGAGGGGAAGGAACAGAUCCCAGUGUUCAUUAGAUCAGUUACCGUGGCCGGUUUCCCUCAGAAACACCUCAUGGGUUUCCUGCCCUGUGAUGCGGAUGCUGAGAGCCUGUUUUACAUGCUACUCUCAGAGAUUCGAAACAAGUGGGAAUUGAGGAUGGAGCAUUGUCGUGGACUCACAUACAUAACCACAGGUAGCAUGUGUCAGAAGAUGAGAGAUCUCACAAACAGGAUCCUUCAGGAGUUUCCUCAGGUAGUACUAGCUCCAAGUGACCCGUAUGCAUUCAAUAUUUGGCUAAUUCGCUCCAUGCCCAUACCUUCAAUUCAGAAGGUUGUGAAUUCAGUUGAGGAGGUAGCCCAGAUACUUAGAAAAACACCUGAUCUUAGGAAAAGAUUGGAAAUAAAGAUCAGGUCAACAUAUGGCCACCUUAAAGGGGAAGCAGAUAGGAUCACAGAGGGUUGCCAGGACAACUGGGAGUAUGGCAUCGAUGCAUUUCAGGUCAUGCUGGAGAUCCUUGAGCCAUUCCUAAGUUGCAUCAAUGAGAUGACCACAUCCUCAACAACAGAUGCAGACACUGCAGAGCAAAUGGCUAAUCUCAAGCCUUUCCUGAAGAAUUUCAACUUCAUCAUGACCCUAGUUGUUCUGAAAAACACUCUUUGUUGUGUCAGCAUACUCAACUCAAGUCUCAGAGGAGCCAUUAGCAUCAGCAGCACUCUGCAGUAUACAAUCUCCAAUGCCUUAAAGCUGGUCAACAAGUAUAUGCAGGAGAUUGCAAUACUCCACAGGAAGUGGUUUUCUGACGCUGUGGGCCGGGCUAAGAAGCUGGGUGUGGCAGUCUGUGUGCCGGAGACCUUACCUGAGACAGACAAAGGAUCAGUGACUGAAACCCCCCUGGAAGACUUGUACAGAGAAACUCUAAGCAGGCAUGUGUUGCAGUAUCUCACUGAUGAGGUGAAGAGAGUGUUUAGCACUGAGAUGGUACGGAUUCUCCGAUGGCUUUCAUUGGUUCCCUCUUACAUGGCUGAUCACAAUUUUAGUAUCCGCAGGGAUAAAGUGGCAGACGCCAAUCUGAAUAACCUUGCAAGGCCCGACACAUUUUAUGAUGAGCUUGGUUAUUGGGAGGUGAAGUGGAGACAUGCUAGCAAGCGCAGGAUCCUGCCGACAACAGCAUUUGCCACUUUGAAAAUUCCAGACAUUGGGUUUUAUCCUAAUGUGCAGAGCCUGCUCAGGGUUCUGGGCACGAUUCCCUGUGUGAAUGCACAGGCAGAUGUGUACGGGCAGUACAAUAUGGUGUUGGAAAGAUUCCAGUCCUACCUAAUGGCCACACCAGAUGACCAGAGACUGUGCAACAUGGCAUUUGUCUUUGUAAAUCAAGAUGUGCACUUCAAUGUGGAAGACGUGGUGGAGACCUAUGUCCAGAAGCACCCUGAAAUUUUGGCGUUGCUGCAUAUGGAGGAUGUGAUAGAAGUGCAGCCCACAGCUUCGGUCCCUGAGGAGAAUGAUGGAAACCACACUGAAAAGGAGCAGGAAGAAGAAACUGAAGUCAUGACCAUUGAGAUGGAAGCCGAAAGAGUCGUGCAACCAAAGUGUGCCGAGACUGAUAAGGAGGCCCUCAAAUCUGCUCUGCAAGCUGCUGUGACAGCUGCGUACAACAGCCAAAUGAGGCAGGGUAGUGAGGCGCCAUUGGAACAAGACGGAGAAGUUGAAUAUGUGUCCAAGUCUGAGAUGAAAGAAGUGCUCACGGUAUGCGAAGAUUCAGUACGGGAAGGCAUUCUGCUGGAGGUGGGGAGUUCGUUCUUCUCCCUGUUCAUUGACAGCGUUGUAAGGCUUGGAGAGACCGAUUAUCUACCACUUUUCCUCAGGUUCGUAGACAGUUUUGAUGUCAUGCGAUUGGAGCUAAUGGGAUUCAUUGAUGUGGAUCUCGACUGUGAUGCAAUGUCCGAGCGCCUUUUUGAGACUGUCACCAAAGAAUGGCGCCUAGAUUUACGCUAUUGUAGAGGGCAAGCCUACCUCGGAUCCGGUGAGGUGUCCUAUAAGCUGAAAGCCUUUGCCUGCAAAAUCCAGGAGAAGUACCCUCUUGCUAUAUGCACUCACAGCUCUUGUUACUCUUUCAAUACAUGGUGGUCUAAAACCAUCCCUGUGCCCUCUGUAAAACGAGCACUGGAUACCUUUGAGGAAGUGCUGAUGUUUUUUAGCAGCUUGCCUACACUUGAGAAACAGUUAGACCAUGUAAUUGCAUUUGGGCUCAGGGAAAGCUUUGAGAAAAUCCAAGAGUUACAGGGAAAGUUCUGUACCGUCUGGCAAGAGAAGCAUGACUCCUAUGAGGUUUUUGUGCAGAUGCUGGAACCCCUAGUUGAAUGUCUGGAGAAAAUCAAAGACAACCCACAGCGAUGGAAACCAUCCAUCUCAGAACAAGCUGGCAAUCUGCUACGUCGUAUAAGGGACUUUGAGUUCAUUGUACCCAUGGUAGCCUUGAAGAAUUCCUCCUCGUUCACCAGAGAGCUCAGUGCUGGCCUGCAGAAGGAUCAUUUCAGUGCCGCCUCCCAGCUCUGCCAGAUCAGUGGCAUUGUGGCUACCCUAAACAGGGUGAAGACUAACAUCAAGGUGUUUCACCAGAAUUGGUUUGAUGAAGCUUGUGCCCUGGCACAGAGUCUAGGUGUGCAGAUUAAAGUGCCUGAUAAUUCGACCUUGCCCAGGGAUAGCAUGUUGAAACCAGCUAUGUACUACAAAGAUGCUCUGAGUGUGCCACUCGUGGACAACCUCAUCAAUGCUGUGAAAGACCAUUUCUCUGAAGACCACAAGGAAGCCCUGAACUUCCUCUCCCUAGUUCCAUGCUCCGUGACCGUGAGCUACAUGUUUGAGAUCCUGAAGUCCAAGCCUCCUCUCUACAGCAGCGACCUCCCCGACGCCGACAACUUCUUCACCGAGUUGUGCUGUUGGAGAGUGAAGUGGAAGACCAAAGUUGCAUCCUUGACUAUCCCAGAGAGCAUCUUUCAGACUCUCCGUUUGCCAGUCAUGCAGUACUUUGGGAACAUCAACACCCUGCUGAGGAUCAUGUCUGUGUUGCCCAGCACCGUGCUGGAGGACUGUGGUGUCACCAUGCGCCACAAGAAGUAUCAAGAGUACUUGAGGAACACCUGCCCCAAAGACCGGUCCCCAUGUUUGGCUAUGUUACAGGUGGGAACCAACUUCAGCAGAGAUCUGGACCGGAUGGUUUCCCAGUGCUUAAAGGUCACUCCCCAGACAUUGGAGGGGAUCUGCUUGGAUAAAGAAUCCAAGUGUCUAUUGAAGAGCUCUGAAAGUAACAUGGAAGUGGAUGACAAAGAUGGAGUAGAGGAACUUGAGAUGCCACAAUCUACUGAGAAGAAAGAGGAACAGGAAAUCAAACCCGUGGAUGAGAAUGGACACAGUGGAGAUAAUCUGCAAAGUUUGGAAACUGUGUUCAGACUGGCUGCCCGCUUAGGAAAGAAUAACUGCUCUCUCUCAGAACUUUCCAAAGAAGAACAAGAGCUUGUCAUUCAAGAGCUCAGCAUGUGUCACUGGUUUCCAAGUGAUGGCAAGUGCUCACUUAACAUUGGCGAAGAGGAAAUGGUAAAACUACUCACAAAAUCAAUCAGGGAAGUGAUACUCCAAGAAAUCCAGGAGUCCCCUUUCUUUUCAUUGAUCACUGACAGACCAGUGUCAAUCACUGGUAAAAAGUAUCUGCCUGUGUUUGUCAGGUAUGUUGGUGGUGAAAGUUCCCCAAAAGUGGAGCUCAUUGGGUAUUUACCUUUUGAUGAAAACUGUGACGUUGACGUACAAGCAAAGUCUCUUGCUGUGACUCUGACUGAAGACUGGGGGUUGCAGAUGGCUCAGUGUCGUGGACAAGCAUUCAUGCGCAUGGGCUCAGGCUGUCAGAGCCUAAAGAAAAUGUCUCUGGAUUUUCUCAAGAGCUAUCCACUGUCAGUGAUCACACCCAGUGAGUCUUGCGGUCUCGCCUGCUGGCUUGCUGGUAGUUUGGCUAUUCCCUCUGUCACGAAUAUGCUGGAUGUUGUGGAAGAUCUGCUACUCUUCUUUGACUCGUCCCCUGGACUGGAGGGAGCAUUGGCACAGGCUGUGGACGGGCUACUCAACACACCUAGGGAGGCCCUGGACGAGUUUCCAGAGACCUGUUGCUCCCGAUGGAAAAAGAGGGAGGACUUCUUUGAUAUCCUGGUCGACACCUUUGAGGGAAUCUUAAGUUGUUUAGAUUCAGUCAGUUCCAGUGCCACAGGUGCAAUUUCGUUACAUGCACAGGUCCUGUCCUCUGCUUUGAAAAGCUUGGACUUCAUUAUAAAUCUGGUGAUCCUCAAGAAUGCCUGUGCUCCCCUUAGAAACUGCAGUACCGUCUUUCGCUGUGGCAACCCAGCUGACAUCAUCUGUGAGGUGGAGAAGAUCCCUGCUAUCAUAGAGACACUGGGUAACAUGCAGGAGAACAUCGCCGCAAUACACUCCCCUUGGUUUGAGGAGGCGUUCCAACUCGCAUCCAAAGUGGCCCCCGAACAAGUCUGCUUUCCAGAGGAAACCAACAACUAUUCUUCUCCGGAGACGUACUACAAGGAGAAACUCAGUGUGCCCCUCCUCAGCUGUCUUGUAGAAGAAAUGAAGUACAGCUUCUCAGAGAGCCAUUUGAAGGCCCUUAAGGUCCUGUCUUUGCUUCCCUCAUGUAACCCUCAGCCCAUCCUCCAGGACUCCACUGACAAGCUCUACAGCCUGUACCUGAGUGAUCUUCCGGACCCCGACACAGCAGAGCAGGAAAUCAGUAACUGGGCCACAGUGUGGAUAGAGAAAUAUCAGGAUGUGGCACCACCGGCGUCCAUCUCCGAGACCCUGCUCCACCCCGAGUCAAAGACCAGCCCCGCUGUCACAACGCUGCUCAGGCUGGUGGCUGUCCUGCCCAGUGUGAGCAUGGAAUGGGACCUCAUGAAGACGACACUGAACUCCAUGAAGGAUAUCCUGAAGAACACUAUCUGUAAAGGAGGCAAAACCGACAUUUUGAUGCUCCGCAUGCAUCACCUGACUAUUCAAAGUCUGCAAGAGGUCAUCGAUAAGUGCAUCGAGGUUGAUUCCGAGAGCAGUGUAUGCCUGUCACGGGUGAAGAUGAUAACAGGGGUACUGAGACUGGAAACUGAAGUUGGAUCUGCAACCUGCCCUGGAAGACUUCAACAUCCAAUGGAUGUGAAACCUACAGUUGGAAAUCUGAAUGUAGGGGACAGCGAUACGGAACCGAGACAAACAAUGUCUUUCUACGAGCCACCCGUUCGAGAGGAAAUCCUCAAGGAACUCUGGGACUCCCAGUUCUUUACAAUAAUAACUGAACGUGAAGUAGACAUCGAGGGCAACUUGUAUGUCCCACUUUGCAUCCGAUACUUGGACAAGCAGGACACUCAGUGCGAGGAGACUGUGGCUUUUGUCCCAUUCGUUAAGGACACAGCUGUCCUGGCCGACUAUAUUGAGACAGCCCUGUCAGAGAAAUGGGGACUCAACAUGGAAUACUGUAGAGGUCAGGCCUUUUUGAGUGUUGGAGAAGUAGGGUCUCAGAUGAAGGCAGUGACAACAGUGAUCUCCCAGAAAUACCCCCUGGCCGUGCGCACGGUCAGCUCUGCUGUGUCUUUGAACGUGUGGCUGGCCAGGUCCUCUCCAGCAGGGGACACAGCGGAGGGGGCAGCCUCGAUAGAAGACAUGCUCCAGUGGCUUACUGAGGACACAGAGAGACAGACCAAACUGGACAACAUGAUCAUUCAUAUGUUCCAGCAUGACGAAGGGAAAGGGAAUGAGCUGAGGGACGAGCUGAUCAAAAAUUGGGAGAAGAGCCACGAUAUGCAUGAGGUUAUGGUAGAGCUUCUAGAAGUGAUCAUGCUCUGUUUGAGCGAGCUGAAAGGUGAAGCGAAUAGCCCAGCGUCACACUACCUUAAUGCAGUCCGAAGUUUCGAGUUCAUCUUCUCCACAGUUGUGCUGAAGAACGUUCUGAGCUUGACCCGAAAGUUCAGUCAGUCUCUCCAGGGAAAGCCCCUGGAUGUGUUGAUAGCUGUGAGUAACUUGCCCGACCUCCAGACUUCCCUCAGCGAAUUGAUGAGUGAUAUUGACAACCAUCAUCAGGCCUGGUUUGAGGAGGCUGUCACUUUAGCUUCCAAGUUGCAGAUAACCAUGCUACACCCACCACUUCUAGAACCCCUGAGCGAGUUUUACAAAAGAGCAGUGAGUGAAAGAUUGGUAGAGCAUGUCAUUGCUGAGGUCACAGAGCUAUUCGCCGAGCAAGUUCUGAGCACCUUGAGUUGCCUGGUGAUAGUGCCUUACGCAAUGUCCAAGCUAGAAAGCAACAGUGUUGCUGUGCACAUGCUCCGCAUGUACAAGGAUGACUUGCCAGAUGUGGCCUCGCUCCACACCGAGUUGAAGUCUUGGAAGGAGAAGUGGUUGGAUCCCAUGGCAGGCUAUCUCCCUGCCACAGUCCUCGACACCCUGAAGGUGUCGCAUAUACGGAGCUUCAGUAACUUUGAGACUCUCCUUCGUCUCCUCGUCAUCUUGCCCUUCUCAAGGAAAGAAAGUACCUUUAGACAGGGAAAGAGAAGUCUACAGGGCUUUGUACAGCAGGAGAGAAGGUGCAUUGCCGAACUUCAUCCUCUGUAAUAGUUAAUGGUCUGCCCUCAAAGCUCGUGAGUAUAAACCUGGCUUCUUAGAGGGUGUCAUAUACUGCUGACCCAUUGUAUCCUCACUCUUUAUUUAGGUCUCAGUCCCUUUUUUUAACUUACUAGGUGAUAUUUCUAUGUAUACAUGAAUGAUUGAAGAUUUUAUUGUUUUCCUGCAAGCAUAUAUUCUUUUUGUUGAAACACUUGUACUGCCUAUUGGGACCAAUGUCUUGCCAAAAAAAAGCAAUGCUCACCUGAGGGGUUACCAAUGCUUGUGUGCCUUUAUGCAAAACUUAGUCUACUCCAUGCAUCAUGAUAAUACUGAUGUCAACAAAUAAUUCAGUCCCAUCAGGCUUUUGGAAUAACUGUUUUACUAUUAUUAAAACAUGAUCUAAUUAAUUUACUCUCAAUUAAAGAAUCACUUGCAUCAAUUCACUUAAUUUGUAUCAUUCCCUCCCAUGGCACAAAUAGAUGGUUAGUUAUUUCAUGUUUGUGUUUUAUGAUGAUUGCCUAGGAUUCCAGUCUAGAGGGGUCUUAGAGGGGUUAAUUUGCUGCAAUGUCUCCAAAUACUGUCUCCUUAAGAGGACAGCCUUCAUAUAUAUUUGUCAAAAAAUUAAUAAAAACUUGUGGAAAAAAAUGUAUAUAGUUUUUAUUUUAACACUGGUACAGUAGCAGUUGAAGUAACAUUAUUUUGGAAUGCCACAAGAGGGUGUUGCGAGUCUUCUGAUUGCACUGAAUGAGGGGACUAGUCUUUCAGUUUGGAUCAGAGUUGUGUUUUUUAAUGAUUCAAAUGAUUUUACUUACUGAAACUAUAUUAAUAUUUUUUGUUUCUUAAUUGUUAAUUCUACUAACUGUAGAUUUAGAUUAUGGAGAUGUAUAUAUUUGAUUAUAUCAAUAAACCAUCCAAUAGGGAGCUAUACAAAUGCAAUCUCAAGUGUUCCAUUCAGUUAAAAUUUGUUUUUUUUAUUGGAAGGUAUGUAGUUGUAGGCAUACACUCUUACUAAAGACUGUUUUAAUACUAAGUAAUAAAAGAGGAUUAAGAUAGCUGAGGGAUUUCCUGCUUGAAUC